GCACCAGGUGCUGUGCCUUUUCUCUGGAAAGUAUGGUAGUACAGGACCUAUAUAAUAGCCGUCCUCGACCCGACCUCUUUUCAGCAAUCUUCAAGACAGAUUGAUCCAAAGAGAAACGAUAGAAUCCAACUAUCUCAUUAUGUCGUUUCCAGGCCCUCCUAUUGACCCUGAAUUGGUCGCGCUCCUCGAACCUGUUGAAAGUCAGGAAGAAUUCACACUACAAAGUAUCAUCAAGCGGCGCAAAUUUGUUGAGCCCCUGUGUGGAAUUCAACAAGUCCACGACGACCCUGAUAUUUCCUAUGAAGAAGCCACGACACCAGGUCCAGGGGGAGAGAUCAUCCUGUCUAUCCUUCGCUCCAAGACUUCGACCCCAGAGAAGAAUGCUCCUGGCAUUUAUCUAAUCCAUGGUGGUGGUAUGGUUUUGGGGACUCGACUCUUCCUGAUCAACAAUAUGUUUCCUACCAUCAAGAUUGGUGCCGUCUUGGUUAGUGUCGAGUAUAGGGUAGCUCCUGAACACCCAGCACCUGCUGCGGUAGAAGACUGCUACACUGGUCUCAAGUGGAUGUUUGAGAAUGCCAUUACUCUGGGAGUGGAUGCCAGCAAGAUUAUCAUUUCAGGAGGGUCUGCUGGAGGUGGGCUUGCCGCAGGUGUUGCUCUUCUAAAUCGCGACAGAAAAGGCCCCUCUUUAUUUGCACAAGUGCUCGUCUAUCCAAUGUUGGAUGACCGAUGCACUUCCGUCUCCGUAAAGCAGUUCGAGACUUUGGGAAACUGGACUGGCAAAGCCAACGUGGAAUGUUGGAAUCAUUAUCUGCCUGGUAUUCGAGGAACCGACAAGGUCAGCAUAUAUGAUGCACCAUCUCGAGCACAGGAUCUCUCUGGCCUGCCCCAGACUUUCAUUGAAGUUGGAGCAUCCGAACCAUUUCGAGACGAAGAUGUAGCUUUUGCAACAAAAUUGUGGGAACAUGGUGUCCAGGCAGAGUUGCAUGUGUGGCCAGGAGGAUUACAUGGCUACGACGUUUUUGCUCCGAACUCCAAGAUCGGACAAAGUAGCAAACAGACCCGCCUGAAUUGGUUCAAGAAGAUUCUAGCAGCACCGACCGUACCUUCGAUUCCGGCUGUACUUUAAGAGAUCGAGGAGAAUCUUGCGAGUAGUUGACCUAGUUGUCAUCGGCUGUCGAUUUUGCCUUUGCUGCGAGAAAUCUGUUCAAGACUAGCUAGCGAAGUCACCUUGAUGUCUACCACAACGAAAACCACCCGCAUCGGCUUGAAAUGAUAAAUUGCUUCGAAUUAUAUUCAUUUCUGCAAGCAACUGUUCAGAAUACAUCGA